AUGUCAUUCAUCUACCUGACCGAGUCUCAAGUUGGCCAUCCUCAACCGCCUGUCAAGGAGUUACCAGCAGCUGCACCGGCACCGGCCAAAAGGUCAAGCUCCACGCAAGAGUCGACUCCCACCAGCCAACAGCCUUCAAGCGGCGACGAAAUGGAUAGGAUUAAUAGACUAUUCGAAAUUCUCUCCGCAAGAUCCGAUAUCGAUCACCCCGUCUGCGUCGAGUGUACAGAUUUGUUAAUUGAUGGAUUGCAAAGAAAGCUGGAAGCUUCAUCGAAGGAACGCGACGCAUAUGUACAGCACCUUCGACGAGUAAGAACUGAACGUCCCGGUCCAGAUGAGAUAAAGGCUCGCCAGGACCGGCUCCGAAAAGCCGAAAAGGAUAGGAUUGCUGCCAUGGAUGUGUUGCGACGGCUAGAAAGGGAAAAAGAUGCCCUCGACGAGGAAAUUUUGGCUCUUGAAGAAGAUGCCCGCCAGCUUGACAAGGAGGAGGAGGCUUUUUGGAGAGAACGCAACGCUUUUGCAACGAAAAUGGCCGAUUUUCAGUCAGAGAGAGACAGCAUCAACGCCAAAUACAGCCAUGACUCGCAGCUUCUCGAAAAACUCCAGCGCUCAAACGUCUACAACGAUACGUUUUGCAUCAGCCAUGAUGGCAGCUUUGCCACCAUCAAUAACCUUAGACUCGGAAGGCUCUCUAAUAAGCCUGUGGACUGGCCAGAGAUCAACGCAGCCUGGGGUCACGCUCUUCUACUACUCGUUACCGUGGCUGAAAAACUGGACUAUAAAUUUCACGGAUAUGAUCCGCAACCAAUGGGAAGCACCUCCAAGAUCAUUCGUUAUGACGUUCCCAGCCCAUCUUCGAGUCGCCUCGGCUCUCGGGCCAUGCAAGCGCCUCCCAAGAAGCACGUUUUGGAGCUGUACAGCUCCGGAGAUAUGCCAUUAGGUCUUACAUUUAUGCACCGCAAGUUUGAUAAUGCCAUGGUUGCGUUUCUUGAGUUGGUGAGGCAGCUGGGCGCACAUGUACAACGGCAGACCCAACAGUCAACAAGCACGCUCUCCCUCCCGUACAAAAUUGAGGGCGAUAAGAUUGGAGAAGUGAGCAUCAAGCUGGGAAUCGCGCAAGACGAUGGCUGGACAAAGGCUUGCAAGCUCACCCUCACAUGUUGCAAGUUCCUUCUCGCACAUGCCAGCAACGUGGCGACAACAGCCAGAAGCACAGCCUCAUGA